UGUUGUGAAUGAAAGGGCGGAGGUACACCUGUCAUUUGUUAUGGCAUCUACAGACAGUAAAAAAUGAGCGCAGGAGACGAACAGAACUUCUCCAGUUUUAUGGCGCUGGAGGGAAGGAGGACACGCCAUAUGAUAUCAACUCAAAGCACUUCAAUCAUGAUAUGUAUGUCCAGAAGACCAUUAAGGAGAGCAGUUUGAAGCAACUCCUGGAACAUGAAAGUUCACUAGUGUCGGAGAUUCAGUCUCUGGAUUCUGAUUGCCAGACUCUUGUUUAUGACCACUAUGACAAAUUUAUUGCUGCUGCUGACAUCGUCCGCAAGAUGAAGGAGGGCUCAGUGAAGAUGGAGGCUCAGAUCAGCCGCCUUCAGGAGAACAUGGCACGCAUCAUUGCCUCCUCAACCUCAGUCACAUCAGCUCUCCAGGUCAGAAGAGAAAGGUUCAUCUUUUUUCUCUCUUUUUCCCUUUCUACUCUGACUCCCAAACGCCGUGGCCACCUCAGUCGCCUUCUGGGUGUCCAUGGCACCUUGAGGAAGUUGGAGUUCCUGUUCCACCUGCCACAGAAGAUUGACGAGUGCAUUGCUGAGAAGAACUUUGCCGAGGGUGUGGCCAGCUAUGUGGAAACAGCAGAAGUGGUUCACCGUUAUUGCCAUCUUCCGUCCUUCAGUGCCAUCCAUGAGGACUGUGAAGCAGCAGUUGGUCGACUUAACCAGGCUCUGAAAGAGCAGUUGGCACUCAAAGAGGUGAGUGCACGUCACCUGACAGAGUGCGUUGACCUGCUGCUGCAGUUAGGAGAACCAGCAGAAGGACUCUGUGAUGACUUCCUGGCCCAUGCACGGACCAAGCUUGAGAAUGACCUCUCCAACUUGACCAAACUAGCAGAGACAGCUGGAGGCCUAGGGAGUGAGGAAGAGGAGGGCACUGAGCAAGGGGCAAGUGAGGAGACUUCCAAGGCAGAGGAGACAAAGGAGGGUCUCGGACGGGAGGAAAUAGGAGACGACAGCAUUCGGAUGGGAUUUGAUAUCUUGGAGUUUGUGGAUGUCUGCCAUGAGACUUUUGUAGGGAACCUAUGGCUUGUGAUCUCAUCUUAUAAGGAAAUGUUCCUGCGCUCUCCUGAAGAAGGAGGAAGUGGGUCGUCAAAUGUGGCCAUGGAGAAACUGCGGGUAUUUGUAGCUGACCUGGUUGAACAGUAUGUGGCAGUGGUAGGAGUGAGAGUGGCCAGUGAGCCAGAUGUAGGCCAUUAUGGGCAGCUCACCACAGCUCUCGACAAAUUCCAUCGGCGUCUCCAUGCCAUCACACAACUGCUUCCUAACACAGACUUUGGGAAUGUAGCUCUGAGCCUGGUUCUGGAAGCAGGUUCAGCCAGGUGCCAGUCAUCUCUGGCAAUGCUGAAAUCUGGCCUAGCAUCCAGCCUGGGAGACAUUCGGCAUGCCCUUGUAGCCCCCAGGCAUCCCACACAGGAUGGGACAGAGUCCACACACCGACAACUCAAUGAGCACCUUACACGCCUUGUGGCUUCCACAGCGGCCUCCAUCAAGGAUAAAGUUACUGCUCUGCAGGCCUUUACACAGCCCAAGCAUACCUUUGCUGUUAAGGCUGAGUUCCGCCGCAAAUUCUGCCGUGACCUGGUGCGAGAAGGUGUUGUAGUGGCCUUCUUUUUGCACAUUACUGACACGCUCCUACAGUUCUGUCACAAGAAGGAUAAGGACCCUGUCCUGCUGCUUGUGCUGUCAAGGAUGUGCCUAGACCUCCACACAUCCACUGUGCAUUACCUGCUGAGCCACUGUGAUGAACAGCUACAGUUGGAGGAAAAGACGGGUCUGACACCCCUCCAUUCCAUCACGGACGGCAUGCGGGAGGGGCAAAAGCUACUAAACCACUAUGUUCACACUCAGGGAUCAUCUAUUAGCCAGAUGUUGCGUCGCAGCGUGGAGCUCAAGGAUUGGCUUGGUGUGGAGCCUCGCAGUGUGCGUAGGGUCAUGAGGACUGUCCUGGAGGAAAUAUCAACCAUGGACACACAGGUUGGAGCCCUUUAUGAAGAAGGAAAUCGUCGUGAUAGAUCAUCAGAUUCCUCUAGACGCACUUUCCACAGUGUGAGUGCAUCUCGAGGGGGCGGUGGAGGGCGAUCAGGCUGGUCAACAUAUACCCCAAGCCAGCUCGACAACAGCCUGGUGGCCAAUCUCAACAAACUCUGGUCUGAGAGGAUUGAGAUCUUUGCACCAGUGGAAUUCACAAGGGUGUCCAUCCUCACUGGAAUUGUUAAAAUUAGUCUGAAGACUUUACUAGAGAGUGUGCGCCUUAACUUUAGCCGGUUCGGACUUCAGCAAGUACAGGUCGAUGCUCACUACCUGCGCACAUAUCUGUGGUCUUAUGUGGCUGAUGAGCAUGUCCUGAAUGUAUUGCUGGAUGAGGUAGUGACCUCAGCCAGCGUGCGAUGCUGUGACCCUGAACUGAUGGAACAGAGAGUCGUCGAGUUUAUAUGUGAGCAGAACUAAUAAAGAAGCUGGCUGUAGAUUUACAUUUUAUGCAGGAAAUCUUGUGUGACAGGUGUAUUUAUCAAAGGUAUUGAUUUUAGGAUGAGAGAAUGUAUCAAGAGUUUGUGUGUGAGAUGUAACAUUUAUAAAGUUUUUGAUAUAUGUAUAUAUAUGCACACAUGUUUAUAUAUCCAAAUAGACAAGCACAUGCACAUCCACACAGGUACACAAAUACAUAUAUACAUAUACAGUACACACUUACACUUUCACAUGUAUACACUCACAUGCAGAGUGGAAAGCAAAAAAGAUUUUAAUCAAGAAACUGUAUAGCUUUUUUUUUUUUUUCAAAAUAAAUAAAUGUUUUGCUAAUACUACAUAGCAUACUAAACAUUUAAUAUUAUUAAAGUUAUUUUAAAUGAGCUGUAUGAAGAUUUUAUAUCCUUAUCUGCCUGAAAGAUGAUGAUUUUCCUUUAUCCUAAUACCCAUGCAAGAAAUAUAACUUUGUGAGCAUUGAUGUAUGAUUGUUGAAUUGUAUUUAGAACAUUUUAAAAAUAUUUAUUUUAGUAGUGAUGCAUUCUUUAUAUGCCUAAUAAAUUCAUAUCACAAGAAAGCAGUA